AUGCAGGAGAACGAAGCCGCGAAUGAGGAGGAAGAGCACGAGCCCGUCCCCGAGCAGGCAGGGGAGAACCCGGACGUGCUGGACGGAGCCGAAGAGGGAGAAUCCGAGCCGACCCAUGAGACUGCCGACUCGUAUGAGGAGGCGGAGGAGGAAGAGGAGGAGGCUAGGCGGGAGUCACGGUGGGACGACCCCGACCGCCAAGAAGGACGCCGCGUAAGCGAUGCACAGCAGCAGGAGCAGCCGAGCCAGGCGGACGACAUGCGCGAACUGCAGGUGCGGGGAUCUCGCGGGGGAGAAGAGGCCGAGCGCUCACGGACGUCAGACGGGCAGCGCCGCCGAGCAGAGCAGCGCGGCGUACGGAAGGAGGGGAAAGGGCGCAGGAUCGACUGGCAGACGACGUGCGGAGGAAGGCGGCGCGAGGAAUCCCGCUCGCCGGAGCCGCACGAACAGCAGCGGGGAGAGUUGCGCUCUCCGCGCCAGCACAGACGGUGGGACAAGCAGCCCAGCGAGGAGUCUCGCUCGCCCGUUCGAGGCCGCGGGCGUGAAGGAAGGCUGGGCGAAGCAAGGUUCUCACCGGACGGCCAUCGGUGGCACGGAAGGGGCGGAGAGGGAUGGUCGCCAUCUCCGGCGAGGCGCCAAGCAUACGGGACGCGGGGAGAAGGAGGAGAGAGGAGCCGACGCUCGCCGGCAAGGCGUCGGGAGCGGACAGAGAGGGACGGCGGGCUUUGGAAGCAGCAAGACAUGGGGCGCAGGAGUCACCAAGAGAGCAGGAGCAGGAGUGGGGGCCUGGCGUACGGGGCGGAGAGGGCCCGCGAAGCAAGGGAGGGCAUGGACAGGGCUAAUCGGGGAGGGCCAUACGGGAGAUCGGCAGGAAGGGUGAGUGACGCGUGGGGAGAGGGACGGGGAGGCCCGGCCGCGGCACCAAGGCCUGCCUAA